GAGGACUGGGACGCGAUGCCGAUUGGAUUCCCAACGUGCUACGACGGAUCCGGGUACUCUCCCCCGCUUAGAAUGGUGAUCAGCAGUGACAUGGUGCAGCGCCCCUGGACCAAGACUAACAGCCCCCAGCGCACGCAGGAGCAGCUGCUCCACAGCGCUGGGCAGGCACUGGCCGGCUCCCUGGCCAUGAGGGGACCGGUUACAGGGGCUGUCCCGCUACCCGGCGACUGGGCUCGGCGGCUGCAUCUACAUGGACAUGAGUUAAGGGGGGCCUUCUUCACCGGGUUCUACGCAGACGUGGAGCCACCCGGCGACGGCUCCACCUCGGCCCGGCAGGUCAUCGCUAGCAAGACCACCUGCGCCCUAGGCGUGCAGAUCCUCACCUGUUCCCAGUCCGACGAGCAGUGCCGGGAAAUCCUGAGUAGGUACCACCUGCAAGACCGGCUCAAAGGACAUCAGCAGGGCCACAGCGAGUACAACCUGCUGGUCUGGGACACCAAGUGGGCCAUGGAAUGGGCGGAGCGCGACAUGGCGGCAGGCGCCCCAAACCCCUUCCUUAUCUCCAAAUCCUCGCUAACAGUGGAUUUCUUGGCAGAGAUGACGCAUGUCUGGCCUCCCGCCCCCGGCGCCAGGGUCUCGGGCACAGACCGGAGCUGCCCCGCGGGAAUCGCGCUAGUCCACUGCGACGCCACGAGGAACGGCCCCUUUCACGACACCGACGACACAGUUACAAGGCCAAGCCCAGGCCAGGCAUACUACAGGGUCCGCACCACGAGGAAGACCCAAUUCAACAGGGUCAACGCGGCGAUGCGGGAAUUCUUUUCAAUCGGAUGCAAUGGGGCGGCUCUCUGGGGCACCGCCCUCCCGCCCAUCGUUUGGGCGCUUGUCUUCCGGCACGAGGGCUACGACGACAAGGCCGGAGCCCUGGCCGUGCCGGCCCAGGGAGAGGCGGCAGAUCUCCUGCUGGCGCAGGCCUCGGUGACACUGGAGCGCACUAUCGACGAUCCCGACCAACCCCGUGCCAACCCGCGUACGGGGUGGGGCGUAGGAUGCUUUGGCGGCGCCGGCGGGUCCAUGGACAACCUGGCAGAGCAAUUCGGAAAUAAUUUGAACCCGGACAACAAGGACCUGUUCCCGCGCGUGGCAGAGCGCCGCGCACACGAGGACAAGGUAAAGGGCAGCGUGGCCAAGACGAUCACCCCCGCAGCCAAUACCGUGCGGAAGUCGCUAGAGGCAAAACCUAUCUUGGCCACGCACGAAGCGGGAGCUGACCUCCGGGACAAGAAGUUCCUCAUAUGCAUCCUCGACGAGCCAGGACAAACGUCCGAGCUCAUGGCCAUCAUGUCCCUGAACCACGCCGUCAGAUGCGGGGCCAGGGCGGUUCUCUUCGGCGACGAGCGGCAGCUGUGCCCGACG